CUCUCUCUCUCUCUCUCUCUCUCGUUCUCGAUCUCUAGAGCUUGCGAUUCAUCGCCAUUGAUGGAGCUUCAAGCAUCCGAUAUAGCCGCAGUUAAGGACGAGGACGCAUUGUUCCAUUGCCAGAACAGCGACGGCGAGAUCGUACACAAGAUCGCGCAGCUCCUCCUUCCCGGCCUCGCCGCCGCCUGCGUCGAUAACACCACCGGAGACCCCUUCAAAACCCCAGCUUCCGUCGCCGUCGGCCUCCGCAAGGAAAUGGUUGACUAUCUCAACGCUCGAAGCGAGACGUUCGUUGCUGAAUUCGUCGUCCCUGAUGACUCUGAACCCGAUUCCAUCCAAGAAAUUCCCGAGGAUCCCGCCGAGAUUGUUUCCAUAAUCAUGGACGAUUUCACAGCGUCGAAGCGGAGCUUGCUCGGCCGGUUAUCGAGCUGGUUGUUGAGCGAGAGCAGGGAGGACAAGAUCGAUGAUUUCGUUCAAGAGAUGGAGGCCAAAGGUUUGUGGAUGAUUGAUCGGAGAGAGGCCAUCAGCGAUCCAUUGCUCAGAAACGUGGAUUUUAAGAACGCCUACACCUGUUCGAUGAAAUUCCCCACCAAGGAGGAGCUCGAUGAACAUAAGCAACGCUGCGGAUUCAGGCCGGCGAGCUGUACCAAUGAUGGGUGCAAGACUAAGUUUUGUGCCAUUCAUGCAGAGAAGCAUGACGAGGUGUGCCCAUUCAAGGUAUUGCCAUGCGAGCAGAAGUGCGAGCAGAGAAUUGUGAGGAGGGAGAUGGAUCGGCAUUGUAUCACUGUUUGUCCGAUGAGGCUUGUCAACUGUCCUUUCUAUCAGAUUGGAUGCCAUUCGACUUUCCCAUUGCGUACUUUGGAGAACCAUUGCUCGGAGUUCAUUCGUUCGCACUUGCUUUAUGUUCUACAAGUUGUUCACAAGGAUGAGGCUUCCAUUGAUGAGCUUAAAGAGCGUGUGCAGCUUAUGCAAAAGGCCGAAUUACUAGAAGAACUAUCUCAAGCUCGAGAUGUGCGAUCUCUGGCAUUGGCAGUAAAGGAGCAUGCGGCAAGGAUCAGAUCUCUUGAAGAGAAGAUGGAUAAGGUUAGCCUGACAUAGUUAGCAGGCUCUGCAUAUCAAGCUAAUAGCUCUCAAUAGAACAGCUCAACAAUAACAAGAAUGAAUUCAAUACUUCUAUAAAGCACAAAUCUUUGCAGUUUUGAUUUUGUUUUUCAUCUUUCUUCAUUUUUCCUGUAUUUAUCCAGGUCUUACACAGUUAAGCAUUAUCAAUAUUGUUUUGUGGUUA